AGAGAGGAUGCUGGUCAUCUUGGACGACGAACAGUGAUUUUAAACUUUGUAAGUUUCCAGUUUCUCCAUCUAAGGGUAAAAUGCUGAUUACUUUGUUUUGAUUGGAGAUUUUUUUAAAGGCUUUGGGGAUUUGAACGGUUAAUCUUUUCUUGAAUAACUAUCGUGUGAGAGGCUUUGCACAGACUUACCUUUUUGUGAAUGGGGAGGACAAUGCCUUGCGCCUGAGCAUCUAUUUCUUUCAAAGAACUGUGUCACUUGUCCACUCGUUUGGACAGGUGGUAUUGGCUCUGUCCGUGGACUAUGACAUUGGACUUGGAGCCCAUGGAAGAUCUUGUUAUCGACGUAGUAGGAGAGGGACUCAGAGAUAACGGAGAGGAGCAUAUCGUGUCCUUACCUUUGGGCGAGGGGAGAAGCACGGAUAAUGAAACUGACACUUUGUUGUGUUCGAGCGGGCAGGACGAAUACAGGGACGACUACACCCUCUCUUCGAAGUGUCCUCCAAAAGCGAGUAAAAGCCCUGCGUCUGUAAAGCCUCCAUACUCCUAUAUUGCCCUAAUAACAAUGGCAAUUUUACAGAGUCCGAAAAAGCGUCUUACCCUCAGUGAGAUAUGUGACUUUAUCAGCCACCGCUUCGUUUAUUAUCGUGAGAAGUUCCCUGCCUGGCAGAAUUCCAUAAGACACAACCUUUCUCUCAAUGACUGCUUUGUCAAAAUGCCCCGGGAACCUGGUAAUCCAGGUAAGGGUAACUACUGGACGCUGGACCCCAAUUCCUCGGACAUGUUUGAGAAUGGGAGCUUUCUGCGUCGGAGGAAGAGAUUUAAACGCCAGCAUUUUCGUUUUGGGGUGCUUAAGGAGCAACCACUUGAGCCUAUUGGCUUUCACAACUUCUAUGGUACUUAUGGACUUGGCACAGCGGGUCUUCAGCUACCAAGUUUGGAGAUUUAUCCGUUGGGAUUUCAUCACCAUGCGUACUCGUCAUGCGGGUCAACCAUCCCACCUGUUAGUAGCAUCCUACCCGCAUUGUCGAGCUUUUUUUCCAGGAACACAUUCGCUGCCAAGGCUUUUCUCCAAUCCCAGCAACAGCCUGUACCUAUCGGAUCCUUCAACCCGAGCCGUGGUGCCAGCUUUUCUUCGGCUCUAACCUCCAGCGCUCCAUACGCUUCCCCUGCGCUCUUCCACUCUACAGGGUCUCCAACUCUCCUUAGUGUACAUCAAGAAUACCAGAAAUUACAGACUCUGCGCAGCACCUCUGACCUGGCUAAAUGAGUAAUUAUUGUGGAUAGUUGAUGUGUUUUAGACUUUAAAUUGUUGGUUUGUAUCUCAGGUGAUUUAGAGACAGGCUAUUUAAAGCUCUUGUGAAAGCACAUAUUCGCCCUACAGGAAAUGUAUGUUUUGUUAUCUAUUUCAAAAGUCCCUAAGAAUGCUGUAGAUGUAUGCCUUGCCUUUCUUAGAUUUUUACUAUAGGCCUACUUUUUUUCUAAAGUAUAGAAUAACAUUUGUCCAUUGAAAUGAAAAUAUUUAAAUGACGAGUUUCCUACAGUCGGAAAUAAAUAAAGUGAAUAAUUUAAAACAACACAAUGCACUAAGUCAUAUUUGUUGUAGGCCUAAGCAUUACAUUCGCGAUUUAUUUUCCCAAGCCGUAACAUUGCACUUCGAAACAAAUCGUAAGUUAAAGAUUUAUUUACACUUCUUGUAGAGCAGGUAGCCUAUAAGUUGGUCUUACGCUGUUCUUCCGCCCUU